CAACACACGAAGAAGCUGCAGGAUGAUGGCUCCUGACAGUGGUGACGGUGUUACCUCAUGUGCUUGUAAAGGCAUUCGCCGGUGUCUCAUAUGUGAAAAGUUAAAGGGAAAAGGACGAUUGCAGGCGAAUGGCGCAGAGAUUGUGCAUCAUUUCCUAUACGAUCCUGAGACGAGGCUUGCCAUUCGCAAAGAUGACAAGGCUGUGUCCUUCCCUUUUCCUGGUGUCUUCCUGUGGGAGGACUUCAUAUCAGAAGAGGAGGAGAAAAAGCUGACAUCCACAAUGGACCAGGAUGUGUGGAAUGAGUCCCAGUCUGGUCGAAGGAAACAGGACUUUGGCCCAAAAGUUAACUUCAAGAAAAGGAAAGUGCGCAUAGGUGGCUUCAGUGGACUCCCUGCUUUGAGCCAAAAGCUAGUUCUCCGAAUGCAGCAAGAGCCAAGUCUAGCAGGCUUUCAACCAGUGGAGCAGUGCAAUCUGGAUUACCAUCCUGAGCGAGGAUCCGCCAUCGAUCCACACCUAGACGACUCCUGGCUGUGGGGGGAACGCCUGGUCACCAUCAACAUGUUAUCAAACACUACACUCACUUUGUCCCUCGAACAGGGUCUACCGGAGUUGGGACUAGCAGAGGAAGUCCACAUAGCUGUGCAUCUUCCUCGCAGAUCUUUAUUGGUGUUAUACGGUGAGGCACGGCAUAAAUGGAAACAUGCCAUUCAUAGGGAGGAUGUUCAUGAGCGCAGAGUUUGCAGCACCUACAGAGAGCUGUCUGCAGAGUUCCUAACUGGAGGGCAGCAGGCAGAGCUGGGAGCUCAGCUGCUGAACAUUGCUUUGAGCUUCCAAGGAACUCCAAUAUAGGCUUAUCUGAAGAGGAAGGCUGUACUACCAGACGUGAGGGUCCAGACUCCUUGAACGUGUUUUAAACUUUGACAUUUGGCUAAGAAGAAAAAGGCCACAAUUCUUGGCUCCAUGUUGGUGUAGCCUUUGAAAUGCAACAGCCCUUUUGUAUUUUGUUGUUUUGAAUUACUAACUCUAAAAGAAGUGGACACUGAAAUGGGAUACACAUUUGGUCCUGUGGCCUAAAGCAUUUUAAGGGCUUUGUUACACAUGUCAACGGCGGUAUGAACAGUUGUUGAAUGUUUAAACCGGACUAAGGAGAGCUGUUGUUCUCCAGAUUUGGAAAAUAUUACCAUAGUAGGCACAGCUAAUCAAGAAACAGACGAGUGACCGAUGAAAUACAAAAACAUGUUUUUUAGUAAGGUGUAAUCACGAACAAUGAUCCUUCAGUUAGAUUCUCUAAGUCUUUGGAUCUUUAUUAGAAAGAAAAGGGUGAACAACAUAUUUUUAAAAUCCCAAGAGAUUUUAAUGAAUUGUUUUCUUUGUGCAAGACUCUCUACAUCCUCUAUAAGCAGAUUAAGUGAUGACAUCCAUCCACCAAUGUGUCCCUGAGCAAGACACUUAACCCCUAGUCGCUCCAGAGGUGUGCGACCUCUGACAUAUAUGGCAAUUCUAAGUUGCUUUUGAUAAAAUAAUAAGUGUGUAAAUGUAAAUUAUAUAAAUGUAGUUAUUACAUGCCAGAGUUUCUGACCCACUGUCCUAAACAAAUGCAGUUAUCUUUGUUGGUAGCAUGAAUUUGCACUUGAUACCACCAACAAAAGAAAUAUCAAAAAUGUAUUAUUGAUACAAUAAAAAAUGCUACCAGAAUAAACUGGUUACCUUAUACUUAUAAACACAUUUACAGUGUGUGUCAAUUUAAACAAAAACUCUCCAAACCACAAAAAUGAAUAAAAAGAUCACCUGAAGUAAUCCUGUGUAGCAUUUUCCUUGAUUGUCCUAACUGCUUUUCUUUCAUUUUUAAAGGUUGCUAGCCAGUUCCUCAAUUUUUGGAUGUAUAGGGUGAAAAACAUAUGCAGGGGGCUUGUAGACUCAGCCCUAGUUUCUGUUCUAUGACUUCUAAUUAAAAAGAAAAAUUUUGCCUGCCA